UUUUACGGAGAGUCCUCCCGGCGCUGCCGCCGCUGCCACUGCUGCCGCAUCUACCCCGUGCGCCGAGAGGGGCCCGGAGCCUCCGGGAGGGCCAUAGAGAGGGGGCGGGGUAGAGCGGCUCUCCCUGUGCCCGGAUUUCUCUGCAUUGCCAGGGAGACGGGGGAGCCCGGGGCGAAGUCCUCACCAAGACGGGGCCAGGCCGAGGUUUUCCAAAGGAGCGAAGCCUGGAUCGCUUCCCUUCCCCGCCUUCUCCCUCCCUGCCAUCCGCCCGGCCGGAAUCCACCGUGAGCUCUGACCCCGGGAACCUUUGCUCUGAAAAGCUUGCCGUGACCGCUGACCCUGGAGUGAUCCCUGACCUUCCUGUGUGUAUGACCUUUGAACCCAGCCCAAUACCCGAUCUACUUCAGAUCAGAGGAAGCCCCUCCUUAUCAUCAUCAUCAUCAUCAUCCUUCUAGGUUGUUGUUCUUCUCCCUCUAAAGGCACUAGAUCCGGCAAAACCCCUACUCCUUAUUCCACCCCUGAAUACCCUGCAGGUUUAGACCCUUCUCCCUGCCCGGUUAACCUCUCUUGAGAGCCGACUUGAAAACCGGGGGCUUCCUUACCCACCCAGUUUGCCAAGAUUCCUCCAUUUUCGACAGGAGAUCCUUGGCUAUGCCCCCUGGCUGGGGGAAGUGGGGAGGCUGAAACACCUGCUCUGGACCCCGGGGGCCCUGAUGGUGGUACUGCUGCUGAUCCAUCCACCUGCCUAACGCCUUAAUCCAUCUGGGGCCUAGAAGAGAGAAACCCAACAAGGAAUCUGUGAAAGAAGGGAUACUGAGAUUAUCAUCUUGCCCAAGUGUGUCUCGGAAUGGCUGCCAGGCCCAGGUGGCCACGGAGGGGGCGUGCGGCACGCUAAGGGCAGCGGCCGAGCGGCACGAGGGCAGCUGUGGCAGCCUCGCCCAGCGUCGGGAAGCAAGCUGGGAUUUGUUCCAUCUGGGGACUCGUGGCCCUAAGGGAUCCUUUGGGGGUUGCCGAGAGGGGGAGUUGGCCUGGGGAGCCCCCUGUUCCCACGUUAGCGAGUCCCACCUCUAGGCCGCCGACCGGAAGGUUGUGGGGAGAGGGGGAGGCUGCUCUCCCCGCCGCCCGCCGCCAUGUCGACGUCUUCGCUGCGCCGCCAGAUGAAGAACAUUGUGCACAACUACUCGGAGGCGGAGAUCAAGGUGCGGGAGGCCACGUCGAACGACCCCUGGGGCCCCUCCAGCUCCCUCAUGUCCGAAAUCGCCGACCUCACCUACAACGUGGUGGCCUUCUCCGAAAUCAUGAGCAUGAUCUGGAAGCGCCUCAACGACCACGGCAAGAAUUGGCGUCACGUCUACAAGGCCAUGACACUGAUGGAGUACCUGAUCAAGACGGGCUCCGAGCGGGUGGCGCAGCAGUGCAAGGAGAACAUCUACGCCAUCCAGACGCUCAAGGACUUCCAGUACGUUGACCGCGAUGGCAAGGACCAGGGGGUCAACGUGCGGGAGAAGGCCAAGCAGCUGGUGUCCCUCCUCAAGGACGACGAGCGCCUCAAAGAGGAGCGGGCCCAUGCGCUCAAAACCAAGGAGAAGCUGGCCCAGACUGCGACCGCUUCUUCAGCUUCCUCGUCUUUGGCAAACGCCCCUGUGGAAGCGGAGCAGGCCUGGCCCCAGAGCAGCGGAGAAGAGGAGUUGCAGCUACAGCUGGCGCUGGCCAUGAGCAAAGAAGAAGCGGAGCAGGUAAGCGCCAAGAAAAAUUGCCUAAUCUUACAGAAACCUCUGGAAGAGCAUGACAUUCCCCCCGCAGUGGCCGACGAAGACCUACAGCUCCAGCUAGCCCUUAGCUUGAGCAAAGAGGAGCACGACAAGGAGGAGCGGAUCCGGCGCGGGGAUGACCUACGACUCCAGAUGGCCAUCGAGGAGAGCAAAAAAGAGACCGUGCCUGCUAAGGAGGAGUCGUCCCUGAUGGAUCUCGCAGAUGUCUUCACCGCCCCACCGACUGCUGACCCCUGGGGCGCCCCUCCUGCUCCCGCUGACCCCUGGGGUGGCCCUGCCCCAGUUGUAUCCGCAGCUCCCACUGACCCAUGGGGACCGUCCGCUACCACAGCCGCUUCGACAGGAGACCCGUGGGGACCCUCCGCGGCGCCUCCUGCCGCCCCCCCAUCGGACCCGUGGGGAGGCACCCCAGCUGCAAGCACCGACCCCUGGAAAUCUGAAGGCGGGGCUUCCACUGGGACCACAGCGGCGCCGUCCACAGACCCGUGGUCCUCUGGCCCAGCUCCCACGUCCCAAGGGAAACCCGCACCUGAUCCUUGGGCCCCAACAUCCACUUUUUCAGAUCCCUGGGGGGGCUCCCCUUCCAAACCCAGCACUAACGGCACCGCAGCUGGCGGAGGCUUUGAGCAGUUUGGCGGCCCCGGGGAUGGGGAUGAAUUCUCGGAUUUUGACAGCCUGCGCCCGGCACUGCCCAAAUCCGGGAGCAGCACAGGUGAGCUGGCGCUCUUAGCCGGGGAGGUGCCCAUUUGCCGGCCCGGCAGCGGCACCGACAGCCCCAACGCUUUUGAUAUGGCCGCCAUGAGCGGGUCGCUGCCCGAGAUCUCCAAGCCGACGCGCAAGACCCCGGAGUCCUUCCUGGGUCCCAACGCUGCCCUUGUCGACCUGGACUCGUUGGUCAGCAAACCUGCCGCCGUCGCCAUUAGCAGUGCAAAGGCCUCCAACCCCUUCCUAGCCCCUGGUUCAGCCUCCGCCCCUGCCCCAUCUGCCUCGGCCACGAACCCCUUCCAGGCAACGGCAGCCGCCCCCCUGUCUCUCAACCAGCUCCGCGUCAGUCCGGUUCCCCCUUUAUCCCAGCCGGCGCCCCCGGCCUUUCCUGCUGCUGCUCCAAUGGUCUCCGUGUCCCCUCUGGCCCCCGGGAUGCCCUUAGCCUCAGUUUCCCCAAUGGUGGGGGUGCAGACCUUGGGGGCCGUUCCACCCAUGGGGCUCCCUGCCAUGGGGCUGCCCCCUCAGAGCCUGCCACCCGCCGGCAUGGUCCCCAGCAGCACCUCGGCCUCCGCCAUGGGGAGCACCAACCCCUUCCUGCUAUAAUCGGCGGGACCUUUUUAGCCCUGUGGUGACGCCCCUGCCACCCCCUUCACCCCACCCACCCCCAUAUUCCCAAUUUGCAAUGGGGCCCCUGAGAUUCCGCCCACAGAGCAGGGCAGCCGGGCUUGGGCGGGAGGGGGAUGGAAGCUAGGAUGGAAGGGGAGAGACUUAAAUCCUUGCCGUGAGUUCCUCUGCCCUCAUGUUGGGGGUAGGGUGGACUUUUCCCCCUUUUGGUUUUGGGGCGGGCGAGUCAUUAAGGACCCCCCCCUCCUACAUUGCUCUUCAUGGUGAUGCGGAGGAUCCAGUUCUGCUGCCGAAGCCCAGGGGCCAGCUGGGGCAACUCGCAUUGAGAUGAGGGUGAUAUCUGAUGGGAGGGAAACGUAGGAGCAGCAGAACUGAGGGCAACAGGACAGGGGUGGGUGUGAUUUCUCCAGCCUUUUUCUUCUCUUUUUUUGUGCCCUGUCCCAGACCUGUCCCCCAGUGCCCAUCCCGUUUUGGAAGGAAUCAUAGAUUCAGAAUAUUUUUUUAUCCUCAUCCACACUUUGGUUCCUAAAUCUCUCUCCUACCUCUUCAGAAGGGGUGCAGAAAGGGAAAUAGCUAAACCCCUUCUUCCUCUAGGCCCUUCCAAAUAAAGUCCCCUUGUUGCGGGGAGGACACUGCCCUUUAAAUUAUGGUGUGUGUUUCCCCCCCUAGAUUUCUCCCCUCUCCUUCCCUUCCAAAUAUUGAAUUCAUCUUCUCCAUGCCUCUGCCCCUCCCCCUCCCCCUACUUAGCUGGGACCAGCCUUCCUCUGCUUUUUUUUUCUUUUUCUUGUGGGGUGGGGGGAAAGGGUAGAAGUAGGGUGGCGGGUUGAAAUCAGCAAAGCCCUUCACUACACUGGGGAUGGUUGAGACACUGGGAAUAUCCGUCUCCUCCGUCCCCGGGGCCAAGAGGGAUACCACUAAUCUAAGGUCAGAGACCAAAGCUGAAUCUAAAAAGGGGAGCUGGACCAUGGUGCUGGGGGAAGGGGCAGUGCCACGCCUUGCGAUGUGCCCUCUGCAACCUCCCAAUCCCAAGAGAACCACCUUUUCCAAGCAGCGUGGAGCCCCAUCAUGCCGUUGGGGGGAGCCUUGAAACAACCGACGCAGCCUGCUGUGAAGGGGAAGCCUGGAAGCCAUCGGAGGAUCGAUGCUCUGAGAAUCUGGAAACUUUCAAAGGCGAAACGUCCCAGGGUGAAACUGUUGCAGGGAUUGGGGUCUCUCUCGGCCUGCUUCUCGGGAGCCCAGAAGCCUCCUGCAGGUUCUGGAACGGCAGGACCUAAAGCCAUGCCGACCCCAUAUUCCCCAGUCUGUGGACUAUGGCAGGCCAAAAGGAGGACUCUAAUGAGACGCGUUGAGAAAGCAACCCUGUGGAGGACAAAGGCAACUGUGCACGUUGCUUUGGAAGGCACCGGAACAGACACCCACAAUCCUCUCCUCUCUCUCUCUCGCCAACAGUGCACAUUGCUUUGGAAGGGGCAGGGACAAACCCCCACAAUCCUCUGGGCACCACUCUUCACGCAGGUGGCGAUCAAACGCAGCCUGUGCCGCCAACUUUCCACAUGCGACCUCCUUUUCUCCCCCACACUGCAACUUCCUCUUUCGUGGUUUUUGUGCUCCGGUGACUGACACACUAUGGGGCCGGGUCCACGUUUGAUCCAAAACGGAGCCCUGCCUUUAUCCGGCCUGCACAGCGCAAAGAAGCCUCAACUAAUCUUUAGACUGGUUGAAAAAGGGAGGGGCGGGGGUUGAUGGACGGCUACUUCUCCUACAGAGCAGCAGCUUGGGGGGUGGGGCGGGGGUCUUGG